AUGCCAGAAGUACCGUUGUACGAUAUCGUCAUAGUAGGCGCUGGACCUGUUGGUCUUCUCCUUUCAGUAUCUUUGUCCCGAUGGGGUUACAAGGUCAGACAUAUCGACAACCGGCCAGUUCCUACUGCCACGGGACGAGCAGAUGGUAUUCAACCACGCUCGAUAGAGAUUUUGAAGAAUAUGGGCCUGAAACGCAAAAUCAUGGCUCAUAACCCUGCUAGAGUUUUCGAAGUCGCUUUCUGGGAUCCAGCACCUGGCGGCAAAAUCGUGCGAACAGGUACAUGGGCAAGUUGCCCCGACUUCCUCGACGCCAGAUACCCCUUCACAGCACUCCUGCACCAGGGACUGAUCGAGCGAGUUUUGAUCGAAGAUAUUGAGAACAACGGUACCCAUGUUCAACGACCAUGGACAAUUACCCGCUUCGAGACCAACAAUGUCAACCCCGAAUAUCCCGUUGAGGUCGAUCUGAAGAACCUGGACAGCAAUGUGACGGAAACUGUCCGCGCCAAAUACCUUUAUAGUGGCGAGGGUGCCCGCAGUUUUGUUCGGGAAACAUUGGGUGUGCAAAUUCGACAUAAAGAUCCCAUCUCGCAUGUCUGGGGUGUCAUGGACGGAGUGGUGCGGACAAACUUCCCCGAUAUCAAGAUGAAGUGUACCAUUCACUCGGACCACGGGAGUAUCAUGGUCAUUCCGCGUGAGAACAACAUGGUUCGUCUUUACAUUCAAAUCGCCAGCAGCACGGAUCCGGAUUUUUCACCACGCAAGACUGCUACAGUGGAAGAAGUCCAAGCAGCUGCCAAGCGCAUCUUUCAGCCAUACUACUGCACCUGGGACCGAGUAGAGUGGUACUCUGUAUACCCUAUCGGCCAAGGAAUUGCGGACAAGUACACCUUGGAUCACCGAGUCUUCAUGGGCGGGGACGUAUGCCACACACACUCUCCAAAGGCCGGGCAGGGCAUGAACACAGCCUUCCAUGACGCCAUCAACUUUGCAUGGAAAAUGCACUUGGUCGAGUCUGGUUUCGCAAACCGUGACAUCUUAUCCACGUACGAAGUCGAACGGAAGUUCAUCGCCGAGACACUCCUGAACUUUGACAACAAAUACGCCGCUCUCUUCUCCCAGCGGCAACCAACUGCCACCGAAGUCGACAGCGCCCAUAACAGUCAUAACAACGACGAGCACGACACCAAGAACGAUUUCGUCGAGAUGUUCAAAGCGAACUGUGAAUUCACCUCAGGCUUCGGUGUCGCUUACAACCCCAAUAUCUUCAACCACUCCUCAGAGCACUCCUUCCAACACCCGCUGAUCAUCAAGGACUCUCCGAAACUCCGACCCGGACGAAUAAUGCCCCCAUCCAACGUCACGCGUGUUGUUGACGCCAACGUCGUCCAUCUCGAGAACGAAAUUCCCUUCAACGGCGCUUUCAGACUGUUCAUUUACGCUGGAGCGUCUCAAUCUCCCAAGCGAGGCCAACACAAGGCCCUAUCAGACCUUGCCAGCGGCCUGACCAGCCCAGGCAGCUUCUACUCACGGUACGAAUCCAAGGAGCGACAGAGAGACAACCACCACGACAGCGACAACCCGCACAGUCGGUUUUUCUCGAUCGUGUUGACCCUCGUGGCGAAGCGCUCGGAGAUUGAGAUUUCCGACCUCCCGGCCAUGUUCCAGGACUACAGCGGCAGGAUCUACGCGGACGAUCGCAAGGACAUCCGCGUCCUGGAUGCAAAGUGCUCGGCGCACGCCAAGGUCGGAUUGACAGGGUCCGAGGGUGCGGUCGUCGUGGUCCGCCCGGAUGGACACGUCGGUGUGUCGGUGCGCCUGGUCGAGGGUCAAGGCACGGUGGAAGCACUGGAAGGUUACUUUGCCGGUUUCUUGAACGGCAUGUACGAUAAACAAGGGAAGAGUACGAGCCGGAGGACGGGGCUUGGUGGAGGUCAUGAGCACGUGAGGUCGCAGCUCUAA